AUGGCUUUUACACCGCCGACCUCACAGGCUCCUGCCUGGGUAUCUCUGACGUCCGAGGAGGCUGAGGAUGUCGACGAGCCACCCGAGUUCAAUCGGAAGUUUGAGAGAACCGCUGUUCGACCGGCCCAGGACCAAUCGUCACUUCUUACCAAGGCCAUUAUGGCUGAACCAGAAGAGACUCCAUCACAUCAUGCACCCUCCAUUCUUUUGAGCAGCCAACGGCGACGAUCCAUGACCAGCAAUGUCAGCAUUGCUUCAACUGCCGACCUAACCAGUGAUACUGGUAUGACGAGCCCAUGUCGCACGAAUACCCCUAGCCCUCCAAUUCCUGAGAUGGCUGCGCUGAGACUGCACCACGAUGUUGUUCUCUCCGAGAACAAACAUGUUCCCACCACUGCUGCUACUCAGCCUCCGAAGAAACGAUGCAUCCAAUUUGCAUGUGCUGCUAAACCACCUGUGCUGCAAGCGGAGCCCAUGGUCAAGGCACCAUCUGCAGAGCAAGCUCCUCGACGGCCAUCAAUAAAAUUCGCUUGCCCGGAGAGACCAGCAUCGACACAGAACACGCCACCACGGCAGAUACCUGAUCCCGGUGCACACCCAUCGCUACCUACGAAUCCCGAGUCGCCCUCAACCCCCAAAAAGACUUCUGCUUUAUCUGCUGCUCUCCACACAUCACCACGAUCAUCUGGCAUACGUCGACUGUCGAACAAGCCCCCUCUUUCUCGCCCUAAGUUUCUCCGUGCCAAUUCCAAGGACCUUGUUAAGGAUAGCUCUCAAUUCCAUGAGUUUGCAAGCGGUACAGCUCGCGAAGAAGAUUGGAUUAGGCAACCUUCAGCGACUGUAAAUAAGCUUACCAUCCAUGAUACUCUGACCAAAGAGAACCAUUUCCGUCGUCUUGGAGCCGAAGCCGAAGAAGAAGCCGAGCUGGAAGAAGAGGAGGAUGAGGCUAUUUCAGAGGAAGAGGAAGAAGAUGAUGAAGACGACAAUGAGGAUGCCUCUGAGGAAGAUGGCGAGGAAGAUUUCGAAGAAGAUUCUGAUGGCUAUCACACCGACUCUGAAACGGGUUUCGCCGACUCUGACGAAGAAGAUGAGGAGGACGAGAACAUGAUUCUUUGGACUCCUAGCCAUGCCACUGCUCGACAGAACAAGAUCAUUCCCCCUGUUCGACGACCAUCCCUGAAUGAGCCCCAGUCUGACUCCUCAAUCGCCAGUCGUGCCAGCCGAUCAAGCAUUCGACGAGCCAAAGCUAGGCGUAUCAAGGUUGAAUCGGACGCUCCAGAUCUUCCAGACAGUACUGAUUUUGUCUGUGGCACACUGGAUGAGGAUAGACCUUUGGAAGAAGCCUAUCUUUCUUGCCUCGCGGCUCGUAGAAAUGAGAAAUUGCGAGUCAUCCCACAGGAUAUCGAUCCCAGCUUCCCAGCCUCUGAUCCUGACGACGACGACGAGGAAGAACUUUACAAUCCUGUUCACCACGACAGUGAUGAGGACGUCUGGGUGCAAGGCCAUAUGGAAGACCUGCAUCAUGGCCAGGAACGCUCCAGGAGACGAAGAAAAAGCGAACAAGCAUCGCCACGCAAGUAUCGCUCUCCGCCCCCAAGACGACAUCACUCCCCUGCGCCUAAGGUCCGAGGUCGCUCCCCGAAGCCCUUGUUUGGCCGACAUUCUCCCAAGAGGAUGCGAUCUCCUGCACCAAAGGCAAUGAAUACCCCACUACAGACUCCGCGUCAAGGUGCUCAUGUGCAAUUCCACUUGGCUGGUAGACCAGGCAUGACCCAAACCAAGUCUCUACCUCGCCAACCUGCUCUUUUCGCUGUUAUGAAGAGCUGCAAGCCAGUCAAGCAUCAACACCAACAUGAUGCCGACUGCCAUCUUCGGGGAGCCAUUGACAUCGUCAAGGGUCUUGAGCGCAAGCGCCAACGCCGCAAGGAAAAGUUCUUCCAAAAAUACUGCAACCGCGCAAGACGUGGCCAAAUCCCAGAACGCAAGCCUCAGCCUGGCCGAGGUGCAGAGCGGAUGAAGGAGCUUGGUCUACUCAUGGCUGGCAAAAAGGAACAGGGCAAUUAUGUCAUGUCUAUCUAA